UUUCAUCUCGUGAACCGACAGGCGGUGCUGGCGGACGCUUUUCUUAACACGUCACGAGGGAGUCGGUAGGGGCUCCAGUCAGUGGUUAGCACUGUCUAAACAUCAGUUAACACAACCGUCUCGACCUGAAGGUGUCAAUGGUGUUGGCUUGAUGGGAUCCAAGCGGACAUCAAAGUGAUGGUCUAAGGACUCGCAGUCACAGAGGUGCUUGCGCGUGGAAUGUUGCGCUGGUCGGUGCACCUAGAAGGAGGGCCGCGGAGAGUCAACCAUGCUGCUGUGGCGGUGGGGCACAAGGUGUACUCCUUUGGAGGCUACUGCUCCGGGGAGGACUACGAGACACUUCGUCAGAUUGAUGUGCAUGUCUUCAACACAGUGUCUUUGCGCUGGAUGAAGUUGCCUCCAGUGAGGACGGGAGGACAUGAACGUGCCCGUGAAGUGCCAUAUAUGCGUUAUGGCCACACAGCUGUGCUGCUAGAUGAUACUAUCUACCUCUGGGGUGGGCGUAACGACACAGAGGGGGCUUGCAAUGUGCUUUAUGCCUUUGAUAUCAACACCCACAGAUGGUUCACACCCAAGAUUUCGGGGACUGUUCCAGGAGCAAGGGAUGGCCACUCAGCCUGCGUCCUGAGGAAGGCAAUGUAUAUAUUUGGAGGAUAUGAGCAGCUGGCUGACUGCUUCUCCAAUGACAUCCACAGGCUGGACACCACCUCCAUGGUUUGGUCAUUAAUUAAUGCCAGAGGCACUCCGGCACGCUGGAGGGAUUUUCACUCAGCCACCAUCAUUGGGACAAAGAUGUUUGUGUUUGGAGGGCGAGCAGACCGCUUUGGUCCCUUCCACUCCAACAACGAGAUCUACUGCAACAAGAUUAAAGUGUUCGACACAGACACCAACUGCUGGCUGAGCACUCCUUCAACACAGCCAUUGCCAGAGGGACGCAGGAGUCAUUCUGCCUUUUCCUACAACGGAGAGCUGUAUAUAUUUGGAGGAUACAAUGCCCGUUUGGACCGGCACUUCAAUGACCUCUGGAAAUUCAAUCCAGAAGCGUUUUCCUGGAAUAAGGUAGAGCCCAAGGGGAAAGGCCCCUGUCCGCGGAGACGGCAGUGCUGUUGUAUGGUUGGAGAUCGAAUCAUCCUCUUUGGAGGAACCAGCCCCUGUCCAGAGCAAGGAAUGGGUGAUGAAUUUAACCUCAUGGAUCAUUCAGACCUGUAUAUCUUAGACUUCAGCCCUAAUUUGAAGACGUUAUGCAAAAUAGCUGUUAUUCAGUACAGUCUGGAGCAGUCAGGACUCCCACAUGAUAUCAGGUGGGAACUGGCAGCCAUGACCACCAACAGCAACAUCAGCAGACCCAUCUUCUCCUCCCAUGGCUGACGCAGCUGAAUGUGAAGCAGAACCAGAACUGCUUGCUCCAUUUCCGGACACUAGGCUUUUAUCUUUCUAAUCAAAUGAGCUCCGACGGACUGUUUUUGUAGAGUUUGGAUCUGAAUUGGAUUUAUUUUCCACAUUCUUCAAGUGAAAACUCAUUACUGACCAAAAUCUCCCGCGUAUCCUUGGACGCCAUGAGCUUUCUCACGUCGAAGGAUAUUUUAACCCUUGAGAACACUGGUCAUGUGAAACAGAAAAUUUGUUGAUACCUGUUCACCUUUUUUCCUCUUCUUUCUAGCCUCUCUAGAAAUCCAAUCAGCCUAUGAUAAUCAUAGACUUCUAAUCUUAAGCACAGGAAGAGACAAGAACUUGAGCCAAAGGCCUUGAGAGCUAACCUCUUUGUUGAGGAUGUCAUCCUGAUGUCACACUCAACAGAUCUUCCGUAAGAGACAAAUGUGAACCUUCUGUUCCAGAUAUAAAGAGACUGAGAUGGUCGUGACUUUGUAUAUCUUGCAGCUCUGAAUUGAUCAUAAAACCAUGUAAAACUACCAUGUACAUUUGCAGCAAAUUAUGUUAUGUGCACAGUAUAUGGAGUGGGCGAGGCUAAUUUAUUACUUUGGUGUUAAAUGCAAGGAGACAGAGCAUGGGGUACAUACUGCUUACCUUUUCCCCACCUUCAUCAUAACCUGGCUAGCAGCCUCAACUGCUCUUAAGUGUCUCAAAGAUGAUUUGCAAGGCGACUGAAGCAAGCCAUCUGUCCGCCUUGUAAAAUAAUCAAGUCCAUCUACCUCCCUCAAUAGCAUGUAUCAGUGAGUCUUUAAUAUGACUUCCCAUACAUUAGACAUCUACCCCCCCAAAAAGAGCCCUUUUGUUUGUGGUUUGUCUGUUGUGUUCUUCCAAGAAAUGUCGCCGUGUCACUGAAGAGUGCGACUCAGCUGCCACGCCACCCUUACUUUGUAGUUUGUUUUUCAGUGCCAAAUUUAGAAGGGAAACAUGAUGCAGAUAUAUACUGUGUAUGUAUGUAAGCACGUGUUCCCUCCUACACAUAAUCCUAGCCCUGCUGCUUGCCUGUUUUUGUGGGGGAGACCAUCGCUAAUAUGCAUAAUGUAGUUGCGCCUCUUAUAGACAAUCCUACAGCGUUCAGACUCUCCCCGUGACCUGCUUAUUCACAGCACGGAGAAAAACCAGGAAAAGAGUGGACGUGUGUUUUUGUGUCACUACAAGCAAAGCUCCACCUGAGCAGAUAUUAUAAAUGCAUAAGGGCUGUCAUUGGAUAACAUACUCGCCACACAGCAAAACUAUUUGGAAUAGCUUAUACUGGGGAUGUUUAUUCAGGUUGUGUGUUUUUUAUUUUAUUAAUACUAAUUACACCUUUUAGAACAAAACUUUAAAAACACAAAUGGUGGUCGUCUUUUUUUAACCUUUUAUCUCUUUGGUUAAAAGAUAAGAUUGGGGUUAUUGUAUAUUUCUGAUUUUGUCAACAAAUGCCAUAAAAAGACCAAAAUCUACAGUGUAUUAAUCCUUCUGUCAACACUUUCCUACCGUGUCCUUGGCUCUCAGCCGCAAGCCCAUUGGUUCCUGUUGAACGGUACCAACAUAAUGUUCAGUCAUGCCGACAGCUGGGCGCUGUCGUUUUUAACAAUUGUUACUCUAACAGGAGUAAGUUAAGUAUUUGUCUGGGACUUUUUUUUCUCAAAUUGAAGUGGUCAUCUUUAGGACGAAACAGGUCAACCAGUGCAACUCUGUGGCUGACUUAAGUGUUAUAAAUAGUUUUGGAAAACAAUAAAAGUCUACGGAGUGAGAUACAUCUAGCUUUGGAUACUCAGACAAUACUUUCAGUUAUCAGUUAAUUGUUGAUUUUGGUGUUUUUAUGGGAUUUGUUGACAAUAAGAAAAAUACAGAAUGUCAGUCGACUUAUCCUUUGAAUCUUAUAAAUAAAAAUUAGUAAUAGGGUACGACAUUGAAAUGAAUGACUUGAUGGAUAUACAGCUAAAGAGUUUUAUUUAUACUGCCUACUUUUGAUGUGAAUAGGCACAAUGUUACCACACACAUCAAUGCUUUUCAGUCCUGGUCAUCAGGACCAAGUCUGCUGCUGUUUUCUGUCCUGCCAGAUAGUUGAUUCUGUAUCAGUCAGUCCCUGAUCAGCUUGUUCAAAUUAAACCCUGCAGGGCUCAGGGUCCCAAACAUCAGGAUUGGAUAACACUGACCUACAUCAUAAAUGUUUACAAAUCUGUGUGUUUCAUGUAAAGCAGUGUAAAUCAAUUGUAAAUGCAGGUUGAAGUCACCAGAUAACUGCACUAAAGCCAAUCGUGGCAUGUCAGGCCUUACAGAGAGGAGACGUAUUGAAGCUGCUUUUUGCCUAAGUAGACUUCCAGAGUUUAAAAUGUUUGCCUGCCCAAAAUAAGUGUGAAAUAAUUGUUUUUUUUUUACAGACCGGUGGUGCCAAUGUGACACAGUCUUGUGCCCUCUACACUGCACAUGGACAUAUGACACACUAGAUAUUCCUCAGUACCCCACUUACUUGGACUAUAUAACAGCUAAUGCAGUGAAACCACAGGGAAGCUAAUUAUGUGUUCAAGAAAAAAAAUACUAUGCUGAACAAAUCAAACUGUUUAUGUGACACCAAAUGGCCAUCAGCAAAACUGAUUUUUUUAUUUUUUGAAAUAUUUGUUUAUUUCUUUUUUCUAAUGUGUGGUGUGGAAGUCAUUUUUUUCAGCAUUUGGGGUCCUUUUCAUGUUGCGUGAGAAGAUUAUGGGUGAUGGUAUUUUAAGUCAAGAACUUUUCAGGAAUAUGACAUGAAGUAAAUAUUAAGUAAAUGACAAUGUAGAUAGAUACUAUGGUCAGAAAUAAAAUACCUGCGCAAUAAAGUUCCUCAAUGAUGGUCACUCGGUUACCUCCAUGAAGGCAGUGCUAAUUGCUAAUGACAAGUGUUAGUGAUUUUGCCUGAAUAUAUUGGCAUUGCAUUUUUAAUGGCCGUGAUGUAAAACCACAAUUUGUAAGGCUCCUCUAUUAUUUAUUGUCGUUUUACUUUGUGAAGAGGCUUUAGUAAAUUUUUGAUCAAACUUCACAGUGUGACUUGCUUUUCCAAAAUAGCAUUUGCCAACCUAGAAAAAACUGCUUCAGUCAAGAAAAUAAUAAUAAUAAUAAUAAUAAUAAUAAUCUUUAUUUGUAGAGCACUUUUCAAAAACAAGUUACAAAGUGCUUUAACAAGUGUAAAGAUAAUAAUACCCAAGAGACAAUAAUACAAAAACAAUACAAGAUAAAACAUUGAAAAGACUAAAAUACACGUAAAAAGUGCAUCAUUGGAUUAUAGCGCGCACACAUGAUAAAGUUGUUCAGUGUGAGCAGUAAUUAUUUGCCAAAAAGAAGUAUGUGACCAGACUGAUUCAUGCCAAGAAAUCUUUUCUAACUAGGUCUUACAGUAAAUGGCUGAAUCAUUCAUUAACAACAAACAAUGCUUGGAAAAAAACUGAUCAAAGUAUGGAGUGUAUUUGGAAUCAUUUUACAGCUGUGCAGGCCUACACUCACUGUUUUUGUUUAAUUUUAUAUUUUACACAUUUUUCAGAGGGGACUCUGUAUCUGUCGAGGCUGGUCAGGACUUCCUGUGCAAUAUGCUUUAUCACUGUAUACAUAAUAAAUCUGAGACAAUUUGA